UUACAAAUGAACUACUUGUCUUGUAAACAAAACGCACAUUUUAGAAUUAGAUUAGAAUAUUUUAGAUGAACAUUUCUAUACUGAAAAAUGUUUAUUCUAGCUGAAUUAAAAAAUGUUACAAGAAUACCACCAGAACUUUUUAACUUGAAAUUAAAUGAUGCAAUAGCAGGAGAAUUGAACAAAAAGCUUGCAAACAAGGUUGUUCUUAAUGUUGGACUCUGUAUUGCUUUAUAUGACAUAAUAAAUCUUCAAGAAUCAUACAUAUUCCCUGGUGAUGGAGCAUCGCAUACAAGAGUAAAAUUCAGAUUUAUUGUCUUUAGACCGUUUGUAGAAGAAAUCUUGAUAGGAAAAAUACGUAGUUGUAGUCAAGAAGGUGUUCAUGUAACUUUAGGAUUUUUUGAAGAUAUUAUCAUACCUCCAACUGCAUUGCAACAUCCUUCAAGAUUUAAUGAGACUGAACAAGCAUGGGUUUGGGAGUAUGAUACUGGAGAUGGAAGCAAACAUGACCUUUUCAUGGAUGCUGGUGAAACGAUUAGAUUUAGGGUCAUUGCAGAAAUGUUUAAUGAGACUUGCCCUGCUGGGCCUACAGUACAAGAGGCUCAAGAAAGUACAGAUAGUAAAAUACCUUAUACCCUAACUGGUAGUAUAAAUGAACCUGGGUUAGGUUUACUAACAUGGUGGGACAAUUAACUAUAGAUGACAAAUAUAAUAAAAUUAUAUUAAAAUUUUGUAAGUAUUGUUGAAGAUGCCUAUGGAUUAUUGUAAAUAAAUGUGAUGAAACCAA